AUGCUUGGACUUAAACCAUAUGCUCUAAAUAAAGAUUGGUGUUCGGUUCGAGGCUUGAUCGCAAAUCCGGCAAGUGCCUGGUUCGAUCAACAGGAGGAGGAGGGCGACCCCCACUCUCAAUACCCUAACAACUCACUAAUCUCACAAAUUGAAGGCUCAAACCAAGUUAAAAUCAAAAAUCGAGCAUGGAUUAUUGAUCCUCAUCACAAGAGGAUUACAAGGAGUCGAGUUUUCAAGCGGACAAACCGGAGUGGACAUGCGCUUGAAGGGAACGCUUUAAAGGUGAUUGCCAAGAGUGCCCGGAUGAAGAACAAGCUCGAUGAGGAACCAAACACGAUAACAUACAAGCUUCCGCGCGACGUUUCGUUGUAUCUUUUAAACGACGAAUUCAAUUACAUUAAGUUGUAUAGUUUUGAAAUGUUGUAACAUGUUGGAAUGUUAGUAUGAAAAGUUUUUGUAAAGUCACAUUUAGC